CGGUCACGGUGGCAAAGUCUUGUUUGGUCCUGUGUUUCAGAUCAGCUGCAGGACCUGAGGUCUCACAUCUCCCUCAUCCACACCUCUCCGCUAUAGUUUUGUUCUGUACAAACCAUCGUCGACGCCGUCGACUUAAUUGCCUCCCUUCGGCAACUCUCACAUUUAAUCCCUAAUUCUUCUCUUCUACCACUAUAAUCGACAUGUCUCUCUCUGCCGACAACAGCGCAUUCAGAGCGCCUCCCUCGGGCAAGACACCUCCGCCAGCUCCUUCUGCCGCAUAUGCAAAGAGGGCACGGGAGUUGCAAGCAGAGGCGGGAUUGAGUGGUCGAUACCGCCGCCUGCGCUGCGCGCUCUCGAAUCUGGCGGAUCGCCUCCUAACGAGGUAUCCCCACCGUCACGACGCCAGUGAUGCACAGCCCUACCUCCGACCAAUUACCCCCCAGGUUUCCGGAGGGCAAGGGCUGGAACCUUACCCUCCAACGUCCAACUUGCCGCCCAGCGCUACGCCGCCGCAUCCACGGCAGAUGGUGGCACCUCCUUCCCUGGCACCUUCGCGUCCUGGCUUGCGUCACUCGACUUCAGUGGCUUCUUCCGUAGCUUCCACCGCAGCUCGGGAGCCAAACAGCCGCCUUCGGUCUGGUUCAUUGACUCUCCCCACUGGUGGGCUUUCCAAUGCAUUCGGUCCUUCGAUAUUCUCCUCCUCGUGGCUGUCCUCUGGCGCAAACGGCGGUUAUUCAGCUCUCGACGAAUUGCGCUCUGUCACUUCGGCAGAUUCCACCGACGAAUUUGAUGUGCACACUCUCGACUACCUGGGGCUGGACGAUAGACCCCGUCCACCGCCUGCGGCGACUAUUUCGGAGUUGCGCAAUCAAGCUCAGGCUGCGCUCCUUGCUGGCAAUCAUGCAGGUUACGGUUCUUCGAACUAUCUCACCAAGUCAUACAAGCCUGCGGAGCAUCUGGCCCCGACCCGACCCCGUGCCAUCUCUGUCGGCGUGCUCGACGACCCCAUGCGCUCUCUGCAACGGCGGGCCAAUGCUGUCGAGGCGCAUAACUACAUGAAUGAGCUGUCUCAUCAAAGCUCUGGCCUGUCCAUCACGACGAACAACAAUCCUGGCAGCAUCCUCAAGGCGAACGCUAAAUUGGCGCCUCAGGCUGUGGCUUCUCCCACAGUUUCUCAGGCCACUCGAUCUUCUUCCCCCAAAGCGGAGACCCCUGCAUCUCAGGUUCAGACCCCGAGCCGGUCAUUGUGGAUUGGUAAUCUGGACGGGGUGGUCACGAGCGAGCAGCUUAUUCACGUAUUUGCACCGUAUGGCGCAAUCGAAAGCCUGCGGCUCUUACCGGAGAAGGAGUGUGGGUUCGUCAACUUCGUGGACCAAGCGGACGCAAUUCGCGCUAAGGACGAUGUUCUCAACCGUCUUGGCGGAAACAUCGGCAUGCCCAACGGUCAGACCGUUCGGAUUGGCUUUGGGAAAGCUGACAGCGCACCCGUCGCUCCGGCCAAAGGCAAUCCGACUAGUCCGGCACCGGCAUCACCCGGCGCCAGCAAACCUGCGAACUCGAACGCGGCGCUGGGUGGCAUGGAGCUUCAGUCGACUCCAACUCGGGCGCUCUGGAUUGGAUCCAUCCCAUCAACUACUACUCCGGCAACGAUCCUCAGCGUGUUCAGCCCGUACGGUCCGAUCGAAUCUGCUCGAGUGCUUACGCACAAGAAUUGCGGCUUCAUCAACUUUGAGCGUUUGGAUGAUGCUGUGCGAGCCAGGAAAGCACUGAAUGGUCGAGACGUUCUGGGCAGCGAUGUCGGCGCGAUCCGGAUCGGAUUUGCCAAGGUUCCCGUCAAAAACGGAGCUGACACGAGCAAUGCCGGAGAAGAAAACUCGACCCUUGCUGUCCAGGCCGUCGGGGACCUGUCCGUGGGAGCGACCAUUCAUGCGCUUCGAACUGUGAAGGGUGCGAUCACUAUCCCUGCGGAUCAACAGGUUCUCGGGGGCGCGGUUGAGAAUUAUCGGUCAAACUUGCUGCUGAGCAUGAUUGCGGCCGGCGCCCAUAAUGCUUACGCAACCGAUGCGCGAGGACCGUCGGUUACGGAGCAGCAGAUGAUCAUGAAGCAGUUGACGGCCGGCAGCCUCGAUGCUGAGCAGGAUGUCAUGGCUUUGGCCGAUUUCCGCCCGCCCACGAUGUAUUACACGACCAUCCCGCUUGUCUCUGAACGACCCCACAGCCGGCGCUGGGAUGCAUCCAAGCUGCGCGAGCUCCGUAAGCGUUUGGACUCUGGGACCAUGACAGUCGAGGAGAUUGAUCAGGUCGCGACCGAUUUCCUCGAGGGCGAGAUUGUCGAUCUGGCUUCUGACUGGCUCGGAAACACUGUCGUCCAGAAAUUGUUCGAGCGAUGCUCGCCCGCACCUCGGUUCUCGAUGCUGGAGCGCAUUUCCCCGAAUUUGGCCAUGAUUGGCAUCCACAAAAAUGGCACUUGGCUGCCCAGAAGAUCAUCGAGUGUGUUCAAAGCCCCGAGGAGAUUUCGAUCAUCACGCAGAACCUGCGGGCGUACGCUCCGCCGCUUCUGCUUGAUCAGUUCGGCAACUAUGUCGUGCAGUGCGUGCUUGUUUGAUAUGCUGCUUGCGAUUCGGAGCGCCCGCGAACGACUUCAUCUUCGAUGCCAUUGUCGACCGCAUGUGGGAAGUUGCGCAAGGUCGCUUCGGUGCUCGGAGCAUGCGAGCUUGCUUGGAGAGCCCGCACAUCACCCUCAGCCAGCAGCGAAGGGUUGCGACGGCAAUCAUCCUCAACUCGAUCCCGCUCGCAACCAUCCGAACGGCGCGCUUCUGCUCACCUGGCUUCUGGACACAUCAGGCUUCCCCUCGCGGUACAACCUCCUUGCUCCCCGGUUCACUCCGCAUCUCUCACAUCUGUGCACCCAUAAACUGGCAUCCCUGACCGUCCUCCGGAUCGUCAACCAAAAAAUCGAGCCGGAUGCGUCGACGGAGAUUGUCGAGGCGCUGUUCUCGUCUGCAGGAGACCAUGUUCUGGCCGAUGUGCUCGGCGACCAGGUCAACGGUGUCUCUGUCGUGCACAAAAUUCUGACCAGUCCGUUCAUCGACCCGAUCUUGAAAAACAACUACAUCGAGGCGACCAAGCGGGUUCUGAUUGAGCUGAAGGUGAUUGCGACCCAGGCGUAUCGGCGGUUGAUUGAGGAGGUUGGGUUGCCGGUGCCCAACUUCCAGCCGACGUACUCUGCCGCUGUCCCUGGCAAUGGCAAGAACAAGUCAGCCGCGAACAACGGGUACGGGGUGCCCGGACUGCCAUCGGGAUAUCCGUCGAACGACCAAGGCCUCGCGUCGAUGAUGGCCGCCCUGCAGAUGGGUGGACAGAAUUCCCAGGCCGGGCCUGCUCAGCUCCAGAUCGACCCGUCCUACGCGAGUCCCAACGCGCCUCGUCGAACCAACAGCACGGGACCCGGCUACUCUCCGGACCUCUUCAGUCCGUUCGGUGGCCGAGGAGAAGGCGAUGGCAUGCGGGGAGGGCGACGCAACACCCCGAACGGUGCGAUGCCGAGUCCUGUGCCCUACGGAGCGCCGUCGCCGCCGCCGAUGAUGGCGCAGCCGACCUACGGAGCCAUGCCUGGACACGUGUAUCACCAAGGGUAUAUGUAUGCGCCCUACCAGCAGCCUCCGCAAACGUAUUGAAUUGAUGACCGUCACGACACCCUAUUCCAUCGUUUGAAACCAAUAUCUAUUCCCCGGGCCAGUGUGCCUCUUGGUUAUCUUAGGAUUCUUCUCUGCGUUACCAUAUACAUACUCUUUUUUCCUACUUGUACAACAGUCUGGUCUGCUAGCCAGUUAUUCCAUGCAAUAGACUCGCUUGUCAUUAGUCAUCUUUCUUCUGAACUCCGUCAUGGGCAGCUCAUCCUCCAAGGCAGCUCGAUCACUUCCCAAGCGCGCGACGGCGACGACACCACCCCCAUGGUCCGGUGCGCGCCCUGUUCCUCGCACAGAGGGCGUCGCGAGCGAAACUAAAACCAAGGUCAUCGAGGAGGAUGCCCAAGAUCCGCACUUCUUGUCCAAGCUCAGUCAGCUCGGUCAGGUGAAGGUGGACCACAACAUGCAGACAACGCGCCCUGCAACUGUCGCCAGCCAGAUGUACAAAACGCGCGUCCAGUCUGAAACAGACGCGGAAUCACCGACGCCAAUACGCAACCGCAUGCCAGCGCCCCGGCUCAGUCUCCUGCUUGACCAGCGCAAAUCAGUCAAGACGCGACGUGAUAUGGAGUUCCUUGCGGCUCGGUACGGGCUGGAUUUGGACAUGCUGGAUGCAGUCGCCAAGUUCGUGAACACGCCUAGCGUGCAGCAGAGCGAUAUGGCGAGAUCGGUGGGCGCUGCCGACCACAAGCAGAUUCUGCGGGCUGUUUGGGUAGAGCCGACUUUGAAGGGCUAAGACAACAAGCUCGGACUGGUCUGCUCACAUUCUAUUAGAACAAGAUACACCGAGCAUAGUAUGCACAUCCUAGAGACAGAUAGGUAGAGGUACAUAUGUGAGUAGUACAUAUGUGGAUGAUGGUACAGAGAGAAUAAGAUAAAAC